AUGCCUAUCGGAGAUCUCCUCGCCCAAAUAAGUGGCGACAAGUCACAGAGCACAUCGCCCGCUCCAUCGAGGGCCGCACUCCCGCCCCCGAAACGGAAAGCCGACGACGACCUCCGCAGCACCGUCUCGAAUAAGCUUCCGCGAACAAGUACAAACGGUGCCAGCUCGUCUGCACCCCCCAGAUUGGCAGAUGCCCAGAGACCCGCACGGCCUGCGGAGAAGUCUUCGACAACAACCACCGGCUAUCGAGGCAGCGCCGGACGAACGUCUGAUCGAUCCACGUCUGCGCCUAAGCCUGUCGGAAAUGGCACGACGUCCGCAAAGCCCAGCUCUUCCGGUGCCAGGGCGAUGAAUGGCUCGGGCACAUCGAGAGUGACAUCAGCACUCCCCAGUCGACCAUCCCCGUCAGCUCCUGCCGCGGCACCGAAAGGUGCGCCGCCAAAGAAGGGAUCUUUCGCCGAGAUUAUGGCGCGUGCUCAACAGGCUCAGACCAAGCUGGGCCAAGUCGGCAAGAUCCAGCACAAACCGGUGGAGAAGGUGUUCACCAAGAAAGAGCGGGAGGAGAUGAAGAAGGAUUACAAGAAGGACCCCAAGAAGGAUCCCAGGGGCGCAGCGAGGCAAGCGUCGAAAUUCCAGGGGACCUCAAGACCGUCCUCGGCUCCGCCUUCGCGCAAUGGGACCAGCGCAAAUGGAUCAAGCGCCAGCCGUAACGGAACCGCCGACAGAGCGAGAGACCCUAGGGCCGGCGUAAAGGCACGCGCGGCCGCUGCCGAAGAAGAGCAGCAGAAGAAGCUCAAAAAGGCCGCCGUCGCCACCACAGGAUACACGGGUACCGCCCGCCCGAGACCCGGAGCUACCUCGGCAAAGAAGAAGCCGGCACCAGGAGGCGCCCUCCUCAACUCCCGCCCUGCCCCGCGGUACGGCGGCUCCGCGAAGCGUUCACGUUACGACGAGGAAGAGGAAGAAGAAUUCGACGACUUUAUCGAGUACGACGAAGAUGAGGAGGACGACCGCGGUCCGCGGUACCACUACGACUCUGACGGAUCUUCAGACAUGGAGGCCGGCAUGGAUGACGUGUGGGAUGAGGAAGUGGCGGCUGAGCGUGCGGCCCGCCGCGAAGAUAUCGAACAGGAGCGGCUCGAGAAGCGUCUCAAGGCCGAAAAGGAGGAGCGCAAGCGCAAAUUUUACGAGGAGCAGCGACGACGCUAG